AUGGAACCCACAAAGAUGGUAUCGUCACGGGUAUUUUCCUGCCCCAGGAACACCGCAUUUGCCACUCUGGGAAUCGAGUUCCACCCAACAUCAUUGGAUCCUGAAACGGCCGAAAUCACCAAGCGAAAAGGUCAAUGCAAAGUAGACCUCAAGGAGCCAGGCAGAUCCGAUCAUGAAUCCAGACGCGUCGCUGGUAAAAUUUUGGGGCGGGGCAUUUGGACGAGCGAGUGUGAUGGAGGGGAGACUAGAGGAAGUCGUCUGAUCGCUCAGCACGGCGUGAAUGACGCUCUCGCCCUCUCACAUUCUUUGUGA